AUGCUUCAAUUGUUCGUCCUGUUGACGACGUAUCUUCCGCGAACUCACACAGAGACCUUCACCAUCGGGUACCUUACUGGUUCCCAAAGACGUCCAGGCGACCUUGAGUAUCCGCGUCCAGGCCUAACGAUUUCCGGCGCCAUAUCCUUAGCCGUGGAGGAGGUCAACCGGGGCCCAUUGGCGAAGAGGGGCCAUAAGCUGGAGUUUAUAGUCGCCGAGACGUACGGCGAGGAGAUCAUCAGCGUGCAGAAGACCGCCGACCUGUGGACUAAGAACGUUUCUGUGUACGUUGGACCGCAGGAGACCUGCGAGCACGAGGCGUUUAUGGCAGCAGCCUUCAAUGUGCCCAUGAUAUCCUAUUUCUGCACCCACGCUGCAACAUCCGACAAGUCGAAGUUUCCAACAUUCGCCAGAACCAGACCUCCCGACACUCAAAUAUCGAAAUCGGUAGCGUCUGUUUUAACUGCGUUCAAUUGGACUCAUGUGGUCCUUUUGUAUCUAAAUUCCCCUGAUUUCGAGUUUGGGAAUAUAGCUAGUAUAAUACUAUCUACAUUGUCUUCAGCAGGGAUAACAGUAAUUACAGUAAAAUACUGGGAUACACCCUAUCAUCACGGAUACUUUACCAACCCCUUCUACAAGCUAGUAGAGGAAACGUAUCGUGAUACAAGAAUUUUCGUGAUUUUGGGCCACUAUUAUGAACACUUGGGACUCAUGGUGGCUAUGGAAGAGAAGAAGCUCUUCGAAAAAGGUGAAUAUUUUGUAGUAGGCGUAGACAUCGAACAAUACGACAACGAAAAUCCCACCAAGUACCUCCGCGGCCUACUACGUGACGAUAUCGAUCCCGUCGCGGAGAAGGCUUACAGGAGUUACCUUGGGGUAGUCCCAUCCAGUCCUGUCGGCUUUGAGAACUUCACCACGCUGGUCAACUCGUACAUGGAAAGGCCGCCUUUUAACUUCCCUAAUCCCCUUACUUAUUUUGGGGGAGAAAAAAGGAUCAGAGCAGAAGCGGCCUACCUGUACGAUGCUGUCCACCUUUACGCUAAGGCCCUGAUGAAGGUCAUGGAUAGAGGUGGAAAUCCUAGAAAUGGUACAGCUAUCAUUGAUUCCAUGAAGGAGACACAUUAUAAAAGCGCCAUGGGAUACAUCGUCUACAUGGACGAGAAUAGCGACGCGGAAGGUAAUUACACGUUAAUAGCGAGAAGAACAUUAGCGAACAAAGAAAAAGAAUACGGACUGUUUCCAGUCGGGGUUUUCGCCCUGCGAAGGACGGAUUCCAGAUUGCCAUUGCUCCACAUGACCGACACCAUAGACUGGAUUACAGGCAGUCCACCAAUAGCAGCGCCAUCUUGUGGCUUCAGAGGAGAAAAAUGCAUUACGCACACGGUGGAGAUAACGAGCGGCGUGACGGGGGGGAUAUUUCUGGUAAUUUUAAUAAUCUCGCUGGUCUUAUACCGGAACUGGAGGUAUGAACAGGAGCUGGACAGUCUGCUGUGGAAGGUCGACUACAAGGAUAUCCAGAUAAACGAGGAGGCGAAUUCCAAUAGCCAAGGGACCAAAGUUACUAGAUCAAUUCAUCCCCUGAUAAGGACCAGCCAAGUAUCCUUAAGUUCGAAUCCUGAUGCGGAUUUCCGAUACUCUACGAUAUUCACACAAAUUGGUAUUUACAAGGGAAGAAUCUUCGCAAUCAAAAAAGUACACAAGAAAUCAAUAGACAUCACGAGGGAGAUGAAAAAGGAGCUGAAGAUGAUGAGAGAUCUUCGACACGACAACUUGAACGCUUUCAUAGGGGCAUGCACGGAUCCGCCAAAUAUUUGCAUAGUCACAGAAUAUUGCACCAGAGGGAGCUUAAAAGAUAUUCUGGAAAAUGAAGAUGUCAAACUAGACAAUAUGUUUAUAGCCUCUUUAGUGGGAGAUAUUUUAAGGGGCAUGAUUUACUUGCACGAAUCCCCGGUGAGGUUUCACGGGGCGUUGCACACAGCCAACUGUCUGGUAGAUUCCAGAUGGGUCGUGAAGGUGGCCGAUUUCGGCUUAAGGGAAUUCAAGAAGGGGGCUGAGGAUCACUCGCUCAAGGACCCUGCCAAGAUCCGGGAGAAGUGUUACAGUCUCUUAUAUCGUGCCCCCGAGCUUCUACGGACCAACGAGUCGUUCCUGUCGAAGGACCACCCCAGCGGAACGCAAAAGGGCGACGUCUACUCCUUCGGCAUCAUAUUGUACGAGCUACACAGCCGGCACGGUCCAUUUGGGGAUACCAGUCUCUCCGCUGCGGAGAUCCUGAACAAAGUCAUCCACUGCGUUAAUCCUGCCAGUCCUUUCAGACCACCUCUGGAAUCGCUGGAAAAUAGUUUCGAUUUUGUAAGGGACUGCUUAAAGGAAUGCUGGACUGAGAAUCCCGAAGACAGGCCGGAUUUUAAGAGCAUAAGAACUAAGUUAAGGCCUUUGAGGAAAGGAAUGAAACCGAACAUUUUCGACAAUAUGAUGGCGAUGAUGGAGAAGUAUGCCAAUAAUUUGGAGGUAUUAGUAGACGAGCGUACGGAUCAGUUGCAAGAAGAAAAGAAGAAAACUGAGGCUCUACUCUUCGAAAUGCUGCCUCGGCCAGUUGCAGAACAACUAAAGAAGGGGAACAAAGUGGAAGCUGAGAGCUUCGAUUGCGUUACUAUAUAUUUCAGCGACAUAGUUGGUUUUACAACCAUGUCAGCCGAGAGUACGCCUCUGCAGGUUGUGGACUUUUUGAACGAUUUGUACACAUGCUUCGAUUCCAUUAUUGAGAACUAUGACGUGUACAAAGUUGAGACGAUUGGAGACGCAUACAUGGUGGUAAGUGGUCUCCCAAUCCGGAACGAAAAUCUACAUGCUGCUGAAAUAGCUACGAUGUCCCUGCAUUUGUUAUCAGAAGUAAAGCAGUUUUCUAUCAGACAUCGGCCGACGGAGAAAUUAAUGUUGAGAGUAGGAAUCCAUUCAGGACCUGUUUGCGCUGGAGUUGUGGGUUUAAAAAUGCCUAGAUACUGCCUUUUUGGUGAUACUGUAAACACUGCCAGUCGAAUGGAAUCAACAGGAAUUCCAUUAAAAAUUCACUGCAGCAAGGCCUGCAAGGAGCUCCUGACCAAGAUAGGCGGGUAUCACUUACUCGAGAGAGGCAUAAUAUCCAUCAAAGGGAAGGGGGACCAGAAGACGUACUGGUUAGUGGGCGAAGACCCACAUUUCCGGGUAAUUAGGAAGGAGGAAAGGGAACGGCGUAGGGUCAACGCUGAAGGGAAGAACAUAAAGACCGCUCAAUUGGAUAGCAACGGCCAUUACAUCAUCACGAGGAGCUCCUUGAAGAAUAAAAAUAGCAUUAUCAGGAGCCCUUUGCUGCGAUGUUCGUCCUUCGAGAGCCCUAAGAGACUUAGAUUCGCCAGCGGCGAAAACUUGGAACGAAAAAACGGAGAAAAGCUCCUCGACGUGAUAUUCGACAACAGCCCGUGCAAAAAGUCUGUCAAUUCGCUGUUGGAGAACUCCACAGACUGCUGUAGCGAAGCUUGGAAAACUUCUAGCAACUCCUGUCCCUGCAUUGAAAACUUGGCGAACUCCGCGGCUACCCUAGCUCAAUCCCAGUUAUCAAUGCUCGCCAGAGACGAGAAAAAUAUCAAAUACAGCAAACCUUCCUAUAACAGCGUGCCGACUCUAUGUUACCGUCUGUCGCUGCCACCCUAUCCCGCCAUUCACGCGAUAUCCGCCCCUGCUAGCCCCAGGAAGCAGGAUUUACUUUUGGCGAAGUUCCCGGAGUGCGAGGAGGUCGUUCCGUGGGCCGAUUGCACUCCGUUACUGAAGAUAACUCAACCGCAAGAUUCCGAAACGUGUGUUUAAUCUGUCGCAUACUAGAUUUUCACUCUGAAAUAUUAUUUUUGCGUUUCAGAACUAAAAAUUAGAAACAAAAAAUUCUAAGACCAGAUCUGACCUACGCAGGGUGACAUCUGUAGUGGUUACUGACCAAUGUGUUCCAAAUUAUAAUCAUCCGUUGCAAAGUCGAACACCUGUAUUGGUUACAAAUUUAUUUGGGCCUUAUUAACAUGUUAAUUUUUUUAUAAAAUAUUUUCAAAUGAAAAUAAAAUGUGUAAAAAAAAAUAUAUUACGAAUAGUCGUUU